CUGCAGGGCGCAUGGCACGAAGCGUGAGCGGGCGUCUCUGUCAUUGUGGCAGGCAGUCUGACACGCCAGUCCAGCAUCUUGUGAACGUCGACACCUCCGCGCUUGGGAGCGAGACCGUCUGUUCACGCGGAUGAUCACCCCAUCACGAGACUCCGCCCGCACAUGCUGCCGCCGUAUUGCUCCCGCCAUUGUUGCCUUCUGCCCACCCCAACCGCGCCGCCAGAGCGGACAGCGCCCGCCGUUGCGUGAUGCCUGACCCAAGGCCGUUUGCCUCGAUUCGGGGACGCUUUGAUGACCCGCCCGCAUCGGAGUCUUCCACCCCACGAAGUCGCCGAAACCGCCUCCAUCACGCGUUGCAAGCUACCGCAGACAUGACUCCUGGUGACAUGUCUGAUCUUGGAGCUCCGCCAGCACGCCCACCGCCGCCUCUUCCUCCUCUCGGACGAUCGCCGCGCUUCCCCAUGCAACGACGCCGCCAACGCUCGCCCGGCUCAGAUGAUAGAAGCACAUGGAACGAGGACAGCGCUGGCAGGCGAAGGCCCAAGCGCAGGAGGCUGGACUCGGAGGCCUCGGUUCUUCCCAAACAACCCAUCAAGUAUGGGCAUUAUGGCCAAGUAGAGCCUGGCAAGCUGAAGCUCGACAUCGUCAGCUGCGACGGCGGCGAGCACCGAGACCCGCGUCAUCCUCAGACCUAUCUCGGUUCUGACAAUUUGCUGCGACACGACAAGAGUGUCUACUGCUCUGAUAGACCCAGCAGCAGUAUCAUCCUCCAGCAUGCUGACGACACGCCCUUCUGCUUGGAGAAGCUGCACAUUUGCGGGCCCGAGCAUGGCUUCACUGCCCCUGUUCGUGAAGGUCUUGUCUAUGUAGCAAUGACUUGCAAAGACCUCAGCAAGUACAUGGAUCCGCCACAGCACGCCAGACUGAACGGCGUGCAUACUCCGCCUUACCGACGGCGGCGCCCUAGAGUCGCGCCGGCGUCUGAACGCAUAACUCUGUCUGAUGCCCUUCGUGACCCCGAGGUCAGUGCUGCGCUCGACCGAGAACGCAGUUACGCUGAUCGUGCUGAUGCUGCACACGACCUUGCGGGCGAGUCAAAUAAUGAUCAUGAUGAUGAUUACUACAACUUCGAUCGGCAAGAUCCAGACAUACACUGUGACUUGCCGUCUGUCGGAGCAGAUGCUGACUAUUUCGCCAUGACUGAGGACAGCCUGCCUGUGACUUUACUUAGCGAUGAAGAGCCCGGUCCGGAGGAGAGCUCAUCACAAGAAGUGCUCGACUUCCGGCUCCAUCGUUUACGCCAUAUGCGGCGUCGUUACGAAGCAGACAAUUGGGAUCGUGAUCGAGCUCGCUGGGCUGGUAUACCGCGAGAAGAGCGUAGCAACGACUCGUGGAAUCUCCGCCGGCUGGAUGCCAUGAUGGCACGAACGAACAUGGCAGGAUCUCCUCAGCAGGAUGAGCUCGAUGAGCGCGACAACGCAUCUCAGCAAGGUCCGGAGCCAGGCUUCGGUCCUUCAUAUUACCAACCCCCAACAGACGACGAAGCAGCGGGGGGCACUGAGUAUUAUGAUGACGGUCUGAACGAUCCGAAUGUCACCCGAGCUCGCUUUCACAUUCGAAGGGGCAAGUACAAGGUUGCGAUCAAGUUCGAUCCUCCAGUAUCUGGACGAUUUAUCUUGCUCAAGCUUUGGGCAAAUCGAAGUAACGUGGACGUGCAAAGUAUCAUAGCUAAGGGCUAUGGCGGAGCGCGUUUCUUUCCCGCUGUAGACUUUCGGUAGUAUGAUGACGAUGAUGAGCGAUGAUGGAUGAUGGAUGAUCUUUACGCAGCGAUACAUUCUUGGAUCAAUGGAAACUGAGAAUCCUGGACUGUCAGAAGGGUCCGUAAGGUGUGCCAAUUUAUUAAAACCUCUACAGUGCCCGGCGCCGUCCAAUUCGAAUCGCGCAAGCUUUCGAGACUCGUCGUUCGUGCUAUGUCUGGCAUCAACACAGCAUGGAUUCGGGUUUCGAUUUUGUCUUCGAGCUUGUCACCGACCAGUUUAUCAAUUACGAACACCAAACAUAGCAGUUGUCAGCAAACGACUCACUAUGCAUAGUCGCGCGCC